UUACACUUACAAUUAAUUAUUACUACUGUUCUGUUUUUUUUUUUCUUCUUUUUUCUGAGGAUUCAUGGAGUGCUGCAAGAAGAUUAUUACAAGAAUUAGGCUUAUUAAGAAGUUAAAAUUUGCUGUUUCUCUUACAUUCUUGUUCUCGGCUUGUGUUUACGCAACUUGGAAUAUUGUCGAUCACGAAGCUUCUUGUUUUUACGUCAACAUUUCAAAAUUUGGAGGGAAAGGGGACUUGGGAGCCUACCCAUUGGGUACAAUCGAGCGUGAGCCAGCCAAGAAGGCUAUUGGGUGGGCCAGGCUCAUCGCCCCCUAUGUGCAACUCGAAAUGCGGGAAGUGCAAGCCGUGCAAGCCAGUUCACUUGCCAGUGCCCCCGGGUACACCCGUCACUGCAGAGUACUACCCGGAAGCAUGGAGGUGCAAGUGCGGAAGCAAGUUAUACAUGCCCUAGCUGGCUGUUCAGGUGGGUUUAGGUGGACUAGAACCACACAUGAUUAUAUGGUCCCAAUUCUGAAACGUUUGUACUGGAUA